UAGGAAGAGUACAAAGCAAUAUUAUUCCACCUCUUUUUAUUUUCCUGUGUUAAUUAUAUUGUCUCGUUUUCCUCCACAUCUCUACCAUAACGCUCUCUUUUCAAGAUAGAUAGGGUGCAACCAUUCUGUCUUUUAGCACCAUAGUACUCCAAUCAUCACCAUUUUUAUUCAUUCUUUUUAAGCUCUUUUUUGCUCUGCUUAAUCUUUUUUCUCUUAUAUUUUUGCCAUAUUUUGAUUAAUUUUGAAUUUUCUCAACAUUUUUUAUCUGGGUAUUCACUAAAUUAUUAUAAAGUUUGUAUAUUUUUUUUCUUUUUCCACCCUUUUUGUCAAUGGGUGCUUUGAAUGAUGGUCAUUAUGAUGUGGAACUUGAAAAUACUUUGAAAUUGGGUGUUGAAGAAGAAGAAGAAGCAGAAAUUCAGGGUGCUAUAAGAAUUUUGUUGCAGGGUUUAGGUGAAGAUAUCAACAGGGAAGGCAUCAUUAAGACUCCACUUCGUGUAGCUAAAGCUUUUAGGCAUGCAACUAAAGGAUACAGACAAAAUGUAACAGGCAUUAUAGAAGGUGCUAUAUUUCCAGAAGCAGGUCUAGACAAUAACAAAAUUGGCCAUGCUGGGGGAGCAGGAGGUCUGGUCAUUGUUCGCGAUCUUGACCUUUUUUCGUAUUGUGAAUCUUGCUUGCUACCGUUCCAGGUCAAAUGUCAUGUUGGUUAUGUUCCAUCGGGGCAGCAAGUCGUUGGCCUUAGCAAGCUUUCCCGGGUUGCUGAUGUCUUUUCCAAGCGCCUUCAGGAUCCACAACGGUUGGCUAAUGAAGUGUGCUCAGCUUUGCAGCAAUCAAUCAACUCAGCUGGUACUGCUGUUAUUCUUCAUUGCCAUCACAUACAUUUUCCUGCAUUAGAAUCUAUGUUCCUCGACUCGUCCUCUGAUGGGUGGAUAGAAGCUUUGGUUGCAUCUGGAACUGGAAUUUUCGAUGAUCAAGAAGCUGAUAUCUGGGGCGAGUUCUUUAGUCUUUUGAGAUUAAAUCGCUUCGAAAAGAGAAACUCGGACAAGCGUUGGUGCCCAUCUCAAUCUAAGACGGUCAAUAACAUUCCAUUAAGUAUGAUUAAUGCAGUCACUUCGAUUCUUAAAUCUUUGGGUGAAGAUCCGCUAAGGAAAGAGCUUAUUGAUACUCCAGCUCGCUUCUUGAACUGGAUGAUCAAUUUUCGGAACUGUAAAGUGGAGAUGAACCUGAACAUUUGCAACAAAACGGUACCUCGAAAACCAUACGAGGAAGUCAAGUAUGACAUGCCGAUGCAUUCUGCGCUAAGUUUACCAUUUUGGUCGCAGUGUGAACAUCACUUGCUACCGUUUCAUGGUGUAGUGCAUAUAGGUUACUUUUCUGUUGAAGGAGGAGAUCCCAUUAGGAAGUCCCUUCUGCAAUCAAUAGUGCACUUUUAUGGAUUCAAGCUGCAGGUUCAGGAGCGACUAACCCGACAGAUUGCUGAAACGGUUACGCCUCUUCUUGGUGGGGACGUAAUAGUCGUAGCCGAGGCAAGCCAUAUGUGUAUGAUCGCUCGUGGUGUCGAGAAGUUUGGAAGCAGCACAGCUACAGUUGCAGUUCUUGGUCGAUUUUCGGUUGAUGCUAAGGCUAGGGCAUUGUUUUUAGGAAGCCUUCCCAACACUAAACAUUGUUAAGGAUGACUGAUCAUAUCUUAAGCUUCUUUUGAACCUCUCAUUUCUUGGAAGCACGACAAAUAGGUGCCAUUGCGAAAAACAUACAGAUUAUCUCCUAUUUGUUUUUAUCGAUGUACCCUUGAGAAGAGAUUGUAAAUCAUAUGUUUGUAGGCGUAAUGAUCAACCAUUCAACUUCUUUCACACAGAAGAAAAUCGAGUCUUGUCUCUGUUAGAGCAUGUAUCACUUUUCCCAGAAGGAACUUGGGUCGAUUGUUGUUAUAUAAAAAAAAUUAAACGUUUUACA